AUGGCAUCAGCAAGCCUGCAGUUCUUUGCUUUUAUUCUGGCUUUGUGUGGUGUUUUUGGAGAUAUCACAGCCACCUUGCUACCAAACUGGAAGGUAAAUGCAGACGUCGGCUCAAAUAUCAUAACAGCUAUAACACAGAUGCAAGGACUUUGGAUGGACUGCACAUGGUACAGCACUGGGAUGUUCAGCUGUACCCUGAAAUACUCCAUUCUCUCUCUCCCCGUCUACAUCCAGGCUGCACGCACCACCAUGGUACUGUCGUGUAUCCUAUCAGCCUUUGGGAUCUGCAUCACUACGGUCGGAAUGAAAUGCACAAGGUUGGGAGGGGACAGUGACAGCAAAAUUAAUGCUUGUUUUGUUGGAGGAAUCUGCUUCAUUCUUGCAGGAAUCUUUGGAUUAGUACCAACGUGCUGGUACACAAGAGAAAUUAUUUCAAAUUUCCUGGACCAGACCAUUCCAGAGAGUAGUAAACAUGAACCGGGAGCAGCAGUUUAUACUGGAUUCAUCUCAGCAGGGUUUCUGCUUAUCGCAGGUGUGAUCUUCUGCUCUUCCUGUUUUAAAAGGCAGCAAGGAGCAUGGAUUUACCCUCCAAAGCAGCACCAUUUCCCAUCCACAGAGCAAGAGAGCAAUGCAGGUUACAGCCUGAAAGACUAUGUAUAAAUAGUUAUUUCUAUCCAUUGAAGUAUUUCUAGUCAUUCAAGGGGGUUUUUUGUGUUUUAAGUAUAGUUUGAUUAUUUCAAAGAAUGUAUAACAUAGCACUUAACCUUUCCUGUAUUUGGGUUGCACUUAUGCUUAUGCAAGGUAUUUCAUUUAUAGGGGCAUCCACAUAAAGGAAGAAGUGGGAAAGGAUAAUUGUCUGCUACAAGAAUACUUAAUUUUGAUGAUUUUGCAAACCCUUCUUUCUGACUUCCAAAGUAACCCUUACUGAGGAAAAAUGAACUAUUUUAAAAACAUAACUGACUGUACAAUUCAUGCGUCGAUGUCUUGUUACAGCAAAGAUGAUUAAAAACUAACUGCUUUCUGUUUAGUGAAUCAGACUUUCAAUAACAUAUGACAUUUUAUAGUGUAUUUUACAUUUUUAUCUUGAUUCUAUUAUGAUGCAAGGUAAAAAAAACCAGAAACUAUGAGUCCAAGAAGCCAAAUUAAAAGAUUUUCAAAAACCCAACACAUCUGCCUUCCAUUUUCAAUUCUAGAUCACCUUGGUAACUAGAUUUUGUAAAAAGAAAACUAAAAAAACCCAAAACAAAAUAAAACAAAAAAAAAAACCACCAAAACAAACAAAAAAAAACCCGAAAAAAACCCAAAACAAAACAAAAAAAAACACACACAAGAAAAAUCAACCAACCAAAACAAAUCCAUAACAAAAGCUCAAGGCUCCAAACCUCAGCUGCACUGUAUACUCUGUUUAUCAGGCUGAAGGAUCAGCAGUACCAUUCAGCUCUUGCCAAACCCAGCUCUCUUGCCCCAAACUGCCACCUGCUGUGGGUUUCAUUUAUUAUUGUUAAAGAAGUGUGCUGGACGUUCACCAACUGCUACUAAUCUACCACUACACUGUGAAUGUUAGAGAUGAGGAGCAGUACAACAAUAGAAAUGUAACCAUACCUGUGAAAAGACCUGCAAACUGCAACAAAACAGGAUAGAAACCAAAUUAUCUAUGUUCAAGAAACAUCUGUAAACAUUCUGGCUUACACUUGCUAAAGGUAGCUAUUAACAGCUUAAAUAACACAGUAACCAUUUACCCUUUUCUACAUUUCUGAGUUUCUGAAAGAAACUUUUAAGUCCUUUUAAUUAUUCCUGCAGGAUCUGUUCCAGGCCCACUCCCAGGUAUUCUAUUACUGUACAAUGUACUGUAUAACAGCAAUAAAGAGAUAGC